CUUUUCCCGCCCUGCGCGUAUUAACCAGCCGAUGAUCAACUGGAGAUCUGGCUGUCCUUGCCUUCGAAUUAACACCUUCGUAUUUGCCAGGUGGGAAUCACGUACAAAUAUCACAUUACUGCACGUCUCUGCUAAAAGUAGCAUAUGUGGUUCAGUUGAGUUCUUUAACCGCCUCGCCUCAGGCACUAAUAAGCCUGUGGAGGAUUGACAGGGGUCGAAUGUUGGGUAUUCACGAAUUACCUAAUCCGUCGCAUCAAAUUCAGGUUGACUCAACUCAACUCAAGCUGCCCGCCUGGACCAGCCUCGACGACUCCGUUCGCACGACUCGCGAACAACUCAAUUCUACUCGACCCGUCUUUAAGGCUCGCGUAAACCGAGUUACAAGCGCAAGAUGCCUACCAUCGCAGUAAACAAGUACGAUCUCUUCGAGGAGCUCGGCGAGCGCUUCACGCCCGAGAGCUUCCAAGCCCUCUGUUUCGAUUUCGGCAUCGAGCUCGACGAGGACACUGAGUUCGACGAUCCCUCACGGCCGAAAGAUGAGCCCCCUCAGCUCAAGAUCGAGAUCGGUGCGAACAGAUACGACAUGUUGUGCUUCGAGGGUAUAAGCCAACAUCUGAAUAUAUUCCGCGGGACGGAAGAGCCGCCGAACUAUCGGCUGCUUAAGGUGCCGGAGGACAAGAUGCAGAGCAUCACUGUGAGCAAGGAGACGGCCAGGGUUCGCCCGUACGUUGCUGGCGCCAUCCUCCGGAACAUCAAGUUCACCCAAGCAUCCUAUGACUCCUUUAUGGCUCUCCAGGACAAGCUACACCAGAACCUGGCAAGGCAAAGAACGCUAGUAUCCAUUGGUACCCACGACCUCGAUACUAUCCAAGGGCCCUUCACGUAUGAGGCCCUACCGCCGAAGGAUAUCAACUUCAUCCCCUUGAACCAGACCCAAAAGAUGAAUGGCGAGGAAUUGAUGUCGUUCUACGAAUCAGACAGGCAUUUGAACCGGUAUCUCCACAUAAUCCGCGAUGCGCCCGUAUAUCCAGUCAUCUACGAUGCCAACAAGGUGGUCUGCUCCCUGCCCCCCAUCAUCAACGGAGAGCACUCCAAGAUCACCACGGACACCACCAACGUGUUCAUCGAGAUUACGGCCACGGAUCAGACGAAGCUGGAUAUAGUUUGCAACAUCAUGGUCGCAAUGUUCUCUAGGCACUGUGCUGAGAAGUUCACUGUCGAACCAGUCAAGAUCAUCUCUGAGCACAACGGGUUGACCCGGAUCACACCAAGCCUGGCACAGAGGACUAUGGACGUUGAAGUGGACUAUCUCAACCAGUGUUUGGGCCUCUCAGAAUCCCCGGAAACCUUCUGCAAAUUGUUGAAGAGGAUGGCAUUCACGGCUCAGCCAUCCAAGGACAAGAAUAUCAUUCAAGUCACUAUCCCGCCAACUCGAGCAGACGUUUUGCACCCCUGUGAUGUGAUGGAAGAUGCUGGUGUUGCAUAUGGGUUCAACAGUCUCCCUCGCUCAUCGCCAAACAAAUCUGCAACUAUCGGACAACCCCUGAUGAUAAACAAGCUCACCGAUAUUGUGCGUCAUGAGUGCGCAAUGGCAGGCUGGAUCGAGGUUAUGCCUCUCACUCUCUGCUCUCACGACGAAAACUUUGCGUGGCUGAACCGCACCGAUGAUGGUAAGACAGCCGUCAAGUUGGAAAACCCCAAGACGGCCGAGUAUCAAGUCGUGCGGACAUCCCUCUUGCCUGGGCUACUUAAAACCCUGCGCGGGAACUUGUCCGCGCGCCUCCCCUUGAUGAUAACGGAGGCUUCGGAUAUCGUCCUCAAGGAUGACUCUCUCGAGCGACGCGCCAAGAAUGUGAGACACUGGGCUGCCGCUUACUACGGCAAAACCAGCGGCUUCGAGGUUGUGCACGGGCUCCUUGACAGGGUCCUGUCGAUGCUCCGCACUGCCUUCAUCACACACGAGGAGGGUCUCGAGGGUAAGAGCGUCGAUUACGACAUUAAGGAGAACCCGACGAGGGCGAGCGGGUACUUCAUCGAGGAAAUCGACGAGCCCACCUUCUUCGGCGGGCGCGCAGCGGCCAUCUACCUGCGACUUGACGGGAAGACGCAGCGGAUUGGCGAGCUCGGAGUGCUGCAUCCGACAGUGCUGGACAAGUUCGAUUUGAAAUACCCCGUGAGCACCCUGGAGAUCAACCUUGAGGUUCUGUUAUAAUCCUGUCAGACACCAGAUAGAAUUGCCGCCAGUAUAUGGUAGACAGCCGAAAACAAUGAAAAAAAAGGGGUGACGAAAUCUUUGGAUCUACAGACCCUAGAUACAAAAUCAGCUAGCUUUUUUAACAAACCAUUGAUAGUGAA